GAGAGAGAGAGAGUUUAAGUUUGAAUGUGUUGAAAAAACACUAUGGAAAAGACGAGAAGAAUACAGCAGGAGGACUCCAGCAUUUGUUUGGUUGAUAAUGCAAAAGAGUUGGAGAAAUGUGUGCAAGAGCUGAGGAAUUUCAGCUCUCAACUCUACCAUGCUGCUGAUUACUGUGAAACAAGUUUCUUAAACACACAAGACAAGACAAUUGUGGUAGAGACAACAAAGGAGUACAUUUCCAGGGCUGUUGCCACAGUGGUUGAUCAUUUAGGCGGCAUCUCAGCUAAUCUUGAAUACUCUCUUCGUAAUAGCGAUUCAAUUCCUCAAACAGAACACAAAAUUGACAUGUUGAAAUUGAGAAUUGGUACAUGGCAGCAACAGUCACACAAACUUGCCCUGGAAAGAUUUUACCUGACUGCCGAUUUCUCCAGACACCACUGUCGCUAUAUAUUGCCGCCUUCAAAAGAUUCUGAGACGAAGAAUGUGGAAUCAAGGUGUACUAAAGACGAGGUUGAGGCGGAGAAUGAAAAAAGAAAUGAAUUCGAGACGGAGGAGCCACUAUUUUUGCACACCUAUAACUGCAAGCCAUCUUCGCAAGUUGAGAACUCAAAAAUGGAUAGGGUGAAAAACAAGGAAUUUUUACCUGCAGUGGUUCCGGUGCAUGAUCGCCUAGCGAUAUUGCCAAAAGCUGAGCAAUCCAGAUUCCAGUUUCAGGGAGCGCACAGGCAGAAACCCAACAUGAUCAGUUGGAAAGUGAUGCAGAACAAAGACAUCACAUCGCUUAUUCGGCGUCGCAAACAAAUUCUUACUUAAUUACAACUAUGGAACAUUAUAUCUAGGUUCUAGUUAGUUUGAGGUGGUGGAGUUUAACUGUAACCAUAGUUAGUUUCUGCUUUGAAAAGAUUAUGGUUCUCCUGGUGGAUUCUCUGGAGUUUGAUAGACUGGAUUAAUGACCCCAAAAAGACGGCAUUUGGGGAGAUGAAUCCUACUUUCGCCCGGGAUGAUUUUGAUCCUCUAUUUGAAUUCAUGUUUCUGGUGAUUUUUAUCGGAUUGGGAUGGGCGGAUCCUGUUAUGUAUAUAUUAUAUUUUUGUUUUAUAACAUAUUAAUUUUAUAUAACUUAUAAGAUCUUAUAAAAAAAAUUAGAAAAAAUAACUUUUUUUUAAAAAUUUAUAA